CGCGCGCGCAUCGCCAUCCCCCGUUUAGUGUUAUGAUGCGCCAGAACGAUAUUGAGUGUAACCUCGCGACUUGUGGUAGUUUUAUUAUUUUUCGAGCUGCGUGGAGAUCUCUGCGGAGUAAAGCCGGUCGCGGACCGGAAUCGCACAGAACGUGUGUCUAUAAUGAUGUUUACCGAGGGUGAAGAGGUGAUUGCCAAGUACCCAAAUACUUCUGAAUAUCAUAAAGGAAAGGUCCUCAACAUCAGAGGUGAUCAGUACAAGAUACGAUUCGACACAGGUGUCGAACAUACAGUUAACCAGAUGGACAUAAAGCGUGAAAGAACAGCAAGGACUCCGACCAGAACAAGCAGCAGAAUAGCUAGGAAGAGUCCUAUGAGAUAUUCUCCUAGCAGGAGAUCUCCGAGUAGACGAUCACCUGCUAGACAGUCACAGACUAAGAAAAUAUCUGUUCGUAGUACACGUCUUGCAAAGGUGUCUCUGUCACGUAUAGAUGUCGAAAGUGAUAAUAUAAACAGUUAUAAAGAAGAAGGUAAAGUGAGAGCAAACGAUGAAAGCCCAACUGAAACCAUGCCUCUGCAGAAACGUUUAAAUGAGAUCAACAUGUUGACACGUAGAUCGACUCGAAUGUCGAGCAUAUCCAAAAUUGAGAAGGAAUAUAUACCAAUUGUAUUGGUCAGAGAUGUUGACCGAGCUGCUUCGCUUCCAAUAGAGAAAAAGAGCUAUUUAUUUGAUUACCCUCUGGCUGAAAGAGGAAGAGGAUAUUCUAUGCAGCGAGAUAAAUUUCAGGAUCCAACAAAAUUCAUUCAGGAGAGUGAAAAACCGGUGGUGACCUCGAUACCGGUGAACCGCGAGAAAGGAAUAAUUAGAAUCGAUCAACCACAAGAAUGGGGUGGUUGGAUCGGAACUUCGCUUCUUCUAUUUUUAUUGCCGUUAUCUAUAAUUCUGCCGCAAUUUCUAUGCUCGAAGGGACGAGGCCAAUCUUAUCUCGUGCAACUUUCCACCGACUGGAGAUCUUACAUAAAUUGGCGCGGUUUUUUAACUUACUUUGUAUACUUAAUAGCAUUGGCUUGCGUCUCGAUUGUACCGAUUGGAAAGAACGUGGACGGACAACAAAGUAAAAUCGGAAAAUUGCAAUAUCGUGUAAAUGGAUUUAUAAGUGCUAUAUUGGCAGUAUCACUACUUGGUUUAUGUGUAUAUAAGGAUGUUCCACUCACUGAUUACAUUUUGAACAAUUCCGUUCAAUUGACAAUCAGUGGUUGGCUUGUCGGAACAAUUUUAGCGCUGGGACUAUAUGUCAAGGCAGAGAGAGCUCCGAUAGCUAAUUUGAAUAUAUACGCGUCAACCAACAGUAAAAUAUACAACUUUUGGCAAGGCAAAGAGGUCAAUCCACGAAUUGGGAUUUUGGACAUUAAACUGCUGUUGAUACGAGCUUCUCUCAUAGGCACGUUAAUCGUGAACAUAGCAGUUGCCAUUAAAGCUAUUGGUGACGUAAAAAAUCCAAAGAUUGAACAACUCGACCUACCUACAUUGUUAGCGAGCUCCUUGCACUUUUUCUAUAUCUUAGAUGGCUUGAUAUAUGAAGCCACUAUCUUUACAUCCUUUGCGGUAAUGUACGAGGGAACUGGAUACAUGACAUGCGUUAGCCACUUACUAUAUCCGUUCUUGCCAACUCUUACGACAAGAUUCAUGUUGUAUCACAAGUCAAAAUUUAAUUAUUACAUGGGCAUAUUCGUUUUGAUCUUCAUAGUGGGGUACAUGCUAUACAGAAUUAGUAACUCACGGAAGGAUGAGUUUAGAAAAAAUCCUGUUUCGCCCACAGUGCCUUACUUGGAAACUAUUCCGACGUCGCGUGGAAAGAAACUUAUGCUGUCCGGUUUGUGGGGUUACGUUAGACACCCGAAUUAUUUAGGUGACAUUAUGAUGCAAUGGUCCUUUACAGGUGUCAGUUUGGCUACUGACGUUCUACCUUACUACGCUGCUAUUUGUUGUGUGUUAACGUUAGCUUAUAGGGCAAUUAGAGACAACAGACGUUGUCAGGCGCGUUACGGAUACGCAUGGGAGGAAUAUUGUACUCGCGUAAAGUACAUGAUCUUAAAGGGCGUAUUUUAAAGAAAUGACAGCGCAAUAUUUUUAAGCACCAAAUUUCAUAUCAUAAAGAAAUACUGCGAUGCUCAUUGUAUCUUAUAGGAAUCUCAAAUUAUAUACUUCGUAAUAUUUUUACAUUAUGAGAUUAUAAUAGUAUUAGAAUAAUAUAGUAUAUUUUUAAUUCUACAAUACUAUCUAUAUAAAUUGUAUAAUUCUCUAUAUAAAAUUGUAUAAUUCUCUAUAUAAAAUUGAACAAAAUUGAGAACAAAAACCAAAAGUAUUUUGUUGAUAUCGAGAAGUUUUGUUAGAAUUAAGUUUAUAUAUUAAGAUUUUUGGACGACAAUAGAGAAACGUAUGAAAUACGUUGCUGAAUAUUUUAAUGAAAUGAUUGAAUGUUUAUUAUAUUAUGUAACAUUUAUAUAUAAAUAUAGUGUUUAAAACGUGCCUGUAAUAUGAAAGAAGAGCACUGAAAUGUGAAAAUACAAAUUAAUUAAGGAAUUUUAUACUUUUGUACAUUAAAUACGUGUAUGUACAAUUAUUACGAAAUUACGAAAAGCGACUUCCCCUUAGAUAAUAUGGUUUAUUAAUAAAAUAUAUUAGCGCCUAUUCUCGUGUCUAUUGUGUAUUCUAACUCUGCAGUGUAUUUUAAAUAUAAAAGACGAAAAUAAUGAGAUGGACAAUUUAA